AUGAGUAAUGCUAAUAUCUUAAACAACGUACAAUUUGUUACUUUGCUACAGAAAGUAAAGGUUGCUUUACAAGAGAGUGAUUUAGCUAAAAUAAAUUACAUAAUAGCUGAGCUGGAGAGCUUUUCUUUUGAAUUAUGUAAGUCAACAAAGCUAUAGACCUCGCUAUUUAUGAUUAAAGGAGAAACAUAAACCUUUAAUAAAUCUUUCUUCUUUGUUAUAUUUUAAGGAUCUUAUUAUACUAAUGAAUAUUUUUAAAAAGACGUUUACUCUCAUUCUAAAUAAGCUAGAUGAGUUAAAGCAAAGGAAUGUCGUAAAUACGAGCGUUACAAGCUUUAUUGUAGAGCCUCCAAAUAAUAGGUUGCAUGGCGAUAUUUACACAAAUGUUGCUAUGGUGAUUGCAAAAUGUGAGGGAAAGAACCCCAUCACAAUUGCAGAAAUUUUGGCUAAAGAGUUUGAGCUUUUUGAUGAGGUUUCAAGAGUGGAAGUAGCGGCUCCUGGCUUUAUUAAUAUGCAUUUAAAAAUGGGUAUAUGGUAUGAUAUUUUGCGACAAAUAAACGAACAAAAAGCCGAAUUUGGCAACUUGAGUAUUGGCAACAAUCAACCCGUGAAUAUAGAAUUUGUAUCUGCAAAUCCAACUGGACCUUUGCAUAUUGGCCACGCAAGAGGUGCUGUUUUUGGUGAUGUUUUAGUAAAUUUACUGAAAAAAGUUGGUUAUAAGGUAAUCAAGGAAUAUUACAUUAACGAUGCUGGAGCACAAGUAGAUACGCUAGUGCAGUCAGUGUAUUUGCGAUAUAGAGAGGCUUUGGGAGAGAAAAUAACCAUAGAAAAAGGCCUAUAUCCUGGUGAAUAUUUGAAGCCAAUAGGGGAGGGGUUGGUAAAAGAAUAUGGAAAAGAGCUUUUGAAUGAUCAAAACAAUCAGGUAAUUAGGGACUACGCUCUAAAAUCCAUCUUGCAGAUGAUAAAAGAAGAUUUAAGUCUACUUAAAGUAGAGCACGAAGUUUUUACUUCAGAGCACGAACUACAAAAGAGUGGUAAAAUUGAAGAGAGUAUAAAGAUAUUAUCCGAUAAGGGCUUAGUAUAUGAAGGAUAUUUAGAGAAACCAAAAGGUAAAGAGAUCGAAAACUGGACUGCAAGGAAACAAAUGUUAUUUCGUUCUACGCAAUUUGGUGACGAUGUUGAUCGUGCAUUAAAAAAGGAAGAUGAAAGGUGGACUUAUUUUGCAUCAGAUAUUGCCUAUCAUUAUGAUAAAAUAUCGAGAGGCUUUAACUAUAUGGUAGUAGGACUUGGCACCGAUCAUAGUGGAUAUAUUAAAAGAUUGAAGGCAAUAGUCUCCGCAUUAAGUGACGGAAAAGCAAAUAUAGAGAUAAAAUUGCAUAACAUAGUAAAUUUUUUAGAGAAUGGCAAAUCUAUAAAGAUGUCCAAAAGAUCAGGAAAUUUUUUAACAGCAAGAGAUGUAGUAGAAGAAGUUGGCAGUGACAUUACACGUUUUAUCAUGUUAACACGCAAGAAUGAUAUGAUACUUGAUUUUGAUUUUGCUAAAGUCAAAGAGAAGUCAACAGAUAAUCCUAUUUUUUAUGUACAGUAUGCCCAUGCUCGUGCUCAUUCAUUGAUGCGUAAUGCUCCGAAAACACUAGCAAAUGCAAAUCCAUCGCUUUUAGUAAGUGAUGGGGAGCUAUUCCUAAUCAAAAUCUUAGCAAAAUGGCCGAGUAUAAUAGAAAUUUCAGCAAGGCUCUGUGAGCCUCAUAGAAUAACCUUCUAUUUGCUUGAAGUUGCGGAGGCAUUUCAUGUUUUAUGGGGAUAUGGUAAAAGUGCUUUAAAUAUGCGCUUUAUACUAGAAGAUAACUUAAGUCUUACUGCCGCAAGAAUGUUUCUUGUGCAAGCUGUAGCGCAUAUAAUUAGUUCAGGGCUUUCUAUCUUAAAUAUCCAACCCCUGAAAGAAAUGGUGUAAUUUUUUACUACGUGUCUUCUUUUGUUAUAAAUAGAUUUAUAAGAGAGUUAAUACAAUUUAAACUAGAAAGUAAUUUGACUUUUUUACAAAAAUAUUAUAAAUUUAACUAUAUAUUAAUUUGAGGGGGGUUAUGGCUCCUAUAGACAAUAUGGAAGACUUCUUACAUCUGCUGCUGAAAAAGGUCAGAUCGAUGUAGU